UUGAUGCCAGCGAGUGUUUCGAGAGUGUCGUGGACUGCCGAAAGUGAAGUGUCGGCCUUCGUACCGACAUCCGUCGUGUCGAAUGCAUGGUGCGAAGUCGUGUCGCGUUCAAUCGUGUUUCACAGCUUCUCCGUUGCCUCUUAUUCCGAGUUUUUGCCACGCGUCAGCAUCGGGAGGGUUUCGAGAGUUCCGAAAACGAAGGCUCGCGCGUUCGUGCCAAGUAUGAAUCAAGACGAAUCGUGAGGAGAUUCUUGGAUCCUUUGUAUCGCUCAGACGACAAUGAUCGGUCGUGAUGGCACGAAGUCGCGUCGUGCGUUCAAUCGCGUCUUCUUCCUUGCUCCGUAUCCCGUAUCUCGAAUUUUCGACGGGCAUGAGUACCGGGGGUGCCGAAAAUGAACCAAGUGUCGCCCGUUUGUGCCAAGUAUGAAUCGAGAAGAGGAAGAUCUUGGAUCUUCGAAAGCGGCAGCUGAGACUACGAGACAGAGCUGGCGGAGCAAUCAGCGAACGGUCUCGAGAGAGCGGUGAGUGAGUUGCCGCGAGGAGGAGUCAGGAGGAGGAACAAGCAGCCGGCAAGCCGAAGAUGCCGCUUCUGAAGCGACUGGUGGAGCCCGUGCACGUGGCACGUGGCACCAUCCCUGAUGACUUUCCGUUGCCAUCCGAACUCGAGGCAGCCACCAAUGGCACCUUGGCCAACAUUAUCAGACAGCUUUCCAGCCUGUCGAGGCACGCCGAGGAUCUGUUCGGCGAGCUGGCGAGAGAAGCGCACGGAUUGAGCGAUCGAGCGAAUUCCCUGCAGGCUAGGAUAGACCGUUUGGCCGUGAAGGUCACCCAGUUGGACAGUAACGUCGAGGAAGUCUCGUUGCAAGAUAUACACAUGAGGAAAGCCUUCAAGAGUUCCGUGGUGUUUGAUCAACAAGUCGUCUCCAGGGAUACGAUGCCGACGGCGAUGCUGGAAACGUAUCACCAAUGCGACACGCCACCGCCCCUGGACAAGCUUAACGUUUACAGGGAGGAUGGUAAGGACGGCUUGAAGUUCUACACCGAUCCGAAUUACUUCUUCGAUUUGUGGAGUCAGGAAAUGCUCAAGGACACGGAGAAAAAACUACACGAUCGAGGAAAGAAGAGCGAGUCUGAAUAUGCCGAACCGUUCAGAGAGCCGCACAGGCCUCGGAAUGAGGGUGGCGGCGGAGGUGGCGGCAGACACAAGAAGCGUGUGAGACAACCACAUAAUACGAGGGAACGACAACGGCAACUGGCCGUCGGCCAUGGCGAAUAUAUCAUGCCGACGCAGGGGGUGCAGUACAGGGCGCCACACAAUGUGCAGCCCGAUGACGCGCUGCUGGGAAUGGUAAUGACGGAUCCCAGGCCACCUAGGCCCAACAGCAUCGAACUGCGACGAAGCUACCCUCCAGAAGAACAGCAUCUCUACAGCCCGCCGUCUUCCGAUCUUUACAGGGGAACAAAUUAUAUGACUCAGGGCUACGAUGAUCCAUAUGGUACGCAUUAUGCCUCGGGUCAAGCGCCGCCCGGCAGCGACGCGUAUCAGAGUCCUGGCGGUCAGAGCACUCCAAGCAGGGGCGGUAGGUCGCGACCGUCGCAGCCGCCACCGGCGCCACCGAGCAACGCUUCCAGCAAUUCCACGCCCACGGUGGCAUCCGCCAACAACACUCCUACCAGAGGAAGAUCCAUGAGCACCGGCAGGGAUACCUUGCCGCCACCUCCCCCGCCACCAGGAGAAACUAUGUCUCCUUCUAUGAACGGCUCCAUACCGCCGCACUUGCUGAACAGGAGCGGAAGUCGGUCGGAUAGUCCUCUACCAAGCCAACGUUCGACGCCAACGCCACCGAAUCAUGCAGGCCAGUUGGGUACGGACGAGACGGAUCCAGCACCCCAGGAUCUUCCGCCACCUCCGCCCACUCCGGAUCCUACCCCGCCAAGACCUAUUUCACCUCCAUGCAACAUCCCGCCUCCUCCACCACCACCGCCUCCUCCACCGGUCGCCAACGGACCCAUAGCGCCAUUGCCGUUAACAAACGGCGAUAUCGCGAAGAUGAUCGCGACCAAUCCUCCGAAGCUAAAGCCUGUGAAGAGCAUUGUAGACGGCCAGCUAAGGAAACCCGUCAACCCGAAUAUCCCAAUUGUCGACCCGCGAAACGACUUGCUCAAAGCAAUUCGCGAUGGUAUAAAGCUGCGCAAGGUAGAGAAAAUUGAGCAAAAAGAAGUGGAGCGCGUGAACGCGCUCAACGACGUCGCGUCCAUCCUGGCGCGCCGCGUUGCCGUCGAGUUCAGCGACAGCGACUCGGCAUCGGAGAGCGAAUGCGAUAGCGAAGGAUGGGGCGAACAGGAGAGCAAUCUGGCGUGACCCAACUCCCUAUCAUCCACCACCGUUACUGCCUCCUAGGAAAACAGCCGAUUAAUUUGUUUUGAUGCUCCAACGCCAUCCUAAUGUUCUCCGACGCUGUAGUGAUCCGAUCUAUUUCGUUUCUUGUUUCGUCUCCGUGAUCGAUAUUUCAUUUUCGAGGAAUCGUAAAACGCUUGCGUGCUUCAAACAUUGUGUAUUCGGUGUUUCAAAUUCCCAGGAUUACUAAACCGAAGUAAAUUUUGAAUUAUAAAAGCACAAUUCUGCACGAUCCUCUCAACGGAGAUCUAGUUGUCAUGGAGAAUAUACAGGUAGGAUCUUAAUUUAUUAUUGCUCGUCGACAAACAAAGGUAAUGUAAAUUUCUUGAAUGAGAGUAAUUUGCUCCUUUCAACGCGUUAUUAAUACGAAAAAAAUUGAAGUGACAUCAAUAUUUGACAUCAUUUCGUUAUUUUCUUAUUAAUCUGUUGAGAAAUUCAUUCUAUGAACACAAAAUACCACUUGAAUGAAAAUGUAAAAUGAUGUGGAUUCUGAAAAAAAAAUUAUUUAGUUUUGUCGAUGGGAUCAUUAAUCGUGACGUCCUUUGUCUCACAAGUCAACCCGCGACUCAGCCAAUUAGUCGACAAAGCAAUAGCAUUGUUUAGUUUAAUCACUCUGUUCUUAGGACGUCUUCGAAGACACGCUAAUUGCGGCCAAUUUAAUCGCGAGCGUAGUUUAGACGAAUCGCAAUUUGAGUUUUGAGUGCAGCGAAUGGAGCACUCGUAAGCUCAUAAAAAAAAAACACAAUGCGAAGAUCACGCACUAGUUAAUAGUGUAAUUCGUAGAUCCAGGUUAUAGGUCCUGGAACGACAGCAAAAUCCUGAAAGAGGCGGCUGACAGGUUGAACGCCACGCUUAUAGUCUCUUUAACAUAGUGCUCUUUAAAUUAAAAUACCUUGCGCAUAUUUCCGGUUUGUACGGCCGUCUCAGAGAUCACAACUUAGAUAUUAAUAUCGCGAAUACUGAUAACUAUAUAAUAACAUACAUAUAUAUAUUAUUUUAUAUGUUAUCAUUAUAUAAUCAUUGUAUAAAUUCAUCCAUCAAGAAAACAUACAUUUCUAUAAAUUUAUAUGAAUUUUCGAAGCGAAGGAAUAUAAGAAACAUAGUAUAAAAGGAUGUUAAACACUAAUUAUUAGAUUUCUACGCAUAAUCUUGGUAUUUAUAAACGAAACGUAAUUCUGGUCAUGAUAAUGGUGCGAGGCGUUCAGACUGUCGGCAGAAAUAUGCGCACACAUGAGAAAGUGAACAUCGACUUGCCGAAGUCGUGGCUCACUAGGUAGAACGACUUCCUUUCCGCGGCACAUUCCAUAACGACGCUGUACGACGGUGCAUGGCGAUCGUUCACUCACACACAUACACACGCAGACACACACGUACAUACAUAAAUAAAAUAAUAUAAAGAUAAUAGUAAUAAUAAUAUAUAAGCGUCUCUACUUACCCCAUAGACGAGCGCUCCGCGUAAGUGCGUACACACCAUCGACGAGACGACGCGAGUUAAACCAAAAGGUGCAGGACAGGCUGGAUAUUCUCAAGCGGGACUGUAAGAUAAGGAACCUUAAUACCGGAGCUCUUUUUUUUCGUACCCUUGUCGCGAGAGUCCUCCGGAAUUUUGUUAUCCUCCGCCGUUUCCGAGUCGCGAUCUUCCAUUACGGCGCUGAUGUAGGAAUGCGCGAGACGAUGCGAAAGUAAUCGCGCUAGUUUUACGCUGAAGCCGAAAUUCGCAGUCGUAAAUAACGUUUAAUCUCCGAUUGAAAGCAUGUAUUAUAGUUGAUUACAGAUUUAUAUUCAUAGAUUGUUAUUCAACCAACUUGGAUUGUGAACUAUGAAUUCUUGUAAAAAUUAAAUAUCUGGAUUGGCGAAUAAGAUUAACGAAAGCUAUGACUAUUCUAAAUUACGAUUAUUUAUCAAAUAACGAUUGACUAUAAGUACCGGCCUGAACUCUUUUAUCUUCGAAUUUCUUUUUUUUCUUUUUUUUUUUUGAAAAACAGCGAUGUAUUCUUUUAUCGCUGUACGACAAUCACGCGUACAAUAGACAUCUCAAAUUUUUAAGAGGCAGGAAACAAAAGCGUUUUGUACUCGAAACGGUGCGAUUACUUUUGCCGCGUCGUGUCGAGAAACUAAAAUACUUCGUUAAGCGUAAAACGGUGCGAGAGAGGAUUAAUAUUUUUCUUUUUUUGCGUAUCCGUUAGCGUGUAACUCGAUAGGGAAGAAGAUGAGAAAGAGGACGUGUAUGCGACGUAAUGUAUUGUUGUUGUAAUGACGUAGGAGCACAGUUGCCAAUCGGAGGGUAAACGGGGAGGAAGAAGUACGAUUGUGAUUUAUUUUGCAUCGAUGUUGGCGAAACGCGACGACGACGAUUCUAGAUAAGUCGGUACGCAUAUGUAUACUUGCAUACAUAUAUUUAAGUAUGUAUGUAUAUAUAUGUAUACACAGAUAUAUAAUUAUAUAUAAAUAUAUAUAUUAGAGUAUAUGAAAAAAAAGUAUCGCGUUAAGAUUAACGGCGGUGGCGAGGAAGACGAGCGUUUUUUUCUCCGCCACCUCCGCCAUUUUCCCGAGAAUAAGAUCUGUAAAUUUUCUUGUACCUACUGCAAAUUCUUCUGUAAGUAACGCGACAACGGGGCGAGCGAUUCUGUUGGACCAGGUAAAUGGACACUCGAAGAGUUUGUUUAGAGGAAAGCUGGACGUCUCCAGCAACCCUGGCACAACCCCUCCGUGAUUAUUUAGUUUCUCUCCUCAUAAAAGAUAUAAUAAUCGAUUUUGAGUUAAUUUUCAGAAAGUCCAGUGAGGUCGACUUUGUGUUUCUUUUUUUCAUUUUACAAAGUUAAUUUUUAUCGCGACGUUCGAUUGACUCGAACGAAUAGGCAUAAUUAUAUGAGAGGGCGAAAGGGCGCGCGAAUCAUCGGCAACGAUGCGUGUACAUUUACAUGAGUCUAGAAUAGCCGGGAAGCUAUAUAAUUACAGUAUAACAAUAAUCGACGAGGCUCGUUGAGACGAAAAGGUGUGGCGCCCUGCAGUUCGAGCUUACGUUUAAUUUAUUUGGAACUGGACGAAGUAGAACGGACGUUAUGAAAACGGAAAAGGAAUCGCGCGAGAUUUCACGUAGACUAAUCAAAACGAAUCGAUUAAUUUUAUUGGUAAUCCAAUAUUGUUCCGUCUGUACAGCGAUCGACUUUCUCGUAACAGUUAAAAGCACUUCGCGAACCGGCUUACGUUUAUCAUAUCGUUCAUCUUCGCAUUCAUUUGGAAGUAAUCGAUGGAUUUAGCUUCCUAGAUGAUUUUUACUUCACGUCAGAGAUGUCUACUUUUUACUUGAGUAAUUCGUAUUUUGCGUACGGGAUGCGCCAACGGUCUCUCCUCUUGACCAGAUGGCCCUUUUUAUUUCUUGUAUUUUUUGAAAAUAUUUUUGGCUCACGCGUGUCGCGAAAACGUCAUCAGGACACAUUAUUACCAGGAGAUGUUGGCGCAUCCGGUAUACGGCGCGCAGUGCAGAUCGAAACUAGAUGUAAGGACACUAGAUGUAAAGGAUAUUCUUAGCUAUCUCGCCAAUUUACGACACAGUAUUUAUCGGAGGUUUUUUCUAACGAGAAGAGGGAGGGGGAAGAAGAGCAGGAGGCGAAACGGGGUUCUUUUUUUGGAUGUAAGCUUCUCGAUAUCGUGCGAGUUUGUAUGAACGAAAUAAAUAUAGUUGUCACUCGUCUGAAUUCGCGCUUUCCGCAAGGGGUUUCCCGUAAAAAUUAAAUUAUUGUAAAGCCGUUGUGUACCUAAUGUCCACGGGUAUUCCAAAGCUUAUGUAAAACGAAGUGUAUGCUCGUGAUACAAAUAUAUAUUAUAUUCGAGAAACGGUCGUCGGGAUCGAUCGGGAUCGGUAAUGUCCGAGAGAUGAGGGAAGAGGUCUACGAUUUGGAAGACGGAGAACGAACGGUCUGGGGCUCGAAUCGGUCUCCGGGACUCGCGAGAGAUCCAUCCAGAUUGCAAGAACGUCAUUUACCCACACCGUUACAAAUAUACGAUGGUAUUAUUAAUAAUAAUUUGUAGCAAAUCUGUACAAAGCCAAAUAAAUCAAAAAAAUUUCGUAAAUCCUCCA